CGCACCACGGGAUUCAUUCACGUUGGACUCAGCUGUAAGCGAGCAUGCUACACAUAUAGGGUACAUUGAGGAUGCUGGGAAACCAACCUACGAAACCCAAUAGCAGCGACCGAAAGCUGCCGCACUCGACACGGCUUCUGAACGGCGGUCCAUCGAAAGUGGUCUUCAGUUGCUGUUGUGAUUUCUUCGCGAUCGAACGGUCCUGGCCGGGAAUAGCUCCUCCUCGGAUGGAUUCUCAAGGCACCUGACAGUGACAUUGUGUGUCUAGUCUCAUUGUAAAGUUUCAAGCCGACGGCGGCGGUGGUGUAAGGAUUCUUUUAAUCUUUCAAUUUCAGUGCCACUUUGGGUGAACAGGAAGUACCCUCUUUUCUUGUUCUUAUAAACCGUUGGUUGCGUUGGAAAGCCGUUGUGCGAGGAAAUAUGUGCUUGAUGACAACGUGUUUCGGUGCCGAGAUGAUGGAAUAACGCGCGCGCUUUCAACUCUUUUUGUGGGAGCCAACUAGGAAGAGGAUCUAAAAUUUAAUUUUGGAAAAUUAACGAAUGAAAAAAGUUGGUCGUGUUUUUCGCGUUCGUGAUAUGCAAAAGCGCAUGAUUCUACACUGAGAACCACCAACAGAACACCGGAGUUCAAAAAAAGCUGUAAACUAGUGUGGUGGCCGGUCAAGCUGGAAAACACCUGACAGAGAGGAAGCCUAACAGCAGUCAGUAGUGAUGGUGAUGGUGGUGGGCGCGCAGUGGUGCUGAAGUUGUAAAAGAAUUUGUUAUGUUCCCGGAAAGUUUAGCAUUAAUUUGUGUUUCCAUCCCGAGCGGCGAUGUAAGAAGCGGAAGUAACGAAGUUGAUGCCGUCGGCGGUGGAUAAAUCUUCUGGCUCAAAUACUCUUCAUUGUUGAGCGGAGGAUUUUUCGGGCAAACAGUAGCAGGAGCGGAAGCAGCAGCGGCAGAAGGCUUAAUUUAAAGACCACCCUUUGACAAAGAUUAAAACCGCCUCAUCAGCAUCGUUCUAAGAUAGUUGCAGUAAUGGCGACUCAUCGACCUUAAGAGCAUUCUAAGCCACUGCAGCAGCAUCCUGGCUGCAUACCUCCGGAUAGUGAUUCAAGAAAAAGAAAUCCUUGCGCAGCGUUCUGAAGGACCCACUAUUCAAGUGAUUCUUACGCUGCAGCACCACUACUACACGGUUCGUUCCGAUCAAACAUGGCCCCAUCGACGAUGGCAUCGGGGCCUCCGCCAGUCCGGUGGUGGCCACCAUGCUCCAGCAGCAGUAGCACCAGUGGCAGCAGCAGCACGACGACGGGCUUAAUGAAAGCAAAUUUAUUCAUUGCCAUCAACCGAAUCAUCUUCAGUUCCUUCAGCAGUGCCGUGUUCGGGAUUGGAACGUCCUUCUUCUGGGCCACCGCACCGGAUGCCGUCGACGGGGCCAUCCGGCUGACGCAACGUAACAAUCACGGAAACAUUUCCGAAUUAUUGGAUAAUUUAUUGCGCGGCUACGACAACAGCAUACGGCCCGAUUUUGGCGGACCGCCCGCAGUGAUAGAAGUUGACAUCAUGGUACGAAGCAUGGGACCGAUCUCGGAAGUUGACAUGACCUACUCGAUGGACUGCUACUUCCGCCAGUCCUGGGUUGACCGCCGGCUAGCGUUCACCGGCGAGUACAACACGCUGGCGCUGAGCAUUUCCAUGCUCGGUCGGAUCUGGAAACCGGACACGUACUUCUACAACGGCAAACAGAGCUACCUGCAUACCAUCACCACACCGAACAAGUUUGUGCGGAUUAACCAGGACGGUCGGGUGCUUUACUCUAGUCGACUCACCAUCAAAGCCGGAUGUCCAAUGAAUUUAGAAGAUUUCCCUAUGGAUAUCCAAAGGUGUCCACUGAAAUUUGGAUCAUUUGGCUACACCUCAAACGAUGUCCUGUAUCGGUGGAACAGCGGCCGGUCGGCGGUUGCCAUCGCCGAGGACAUGAAGCUGUCGCAGUUCGAUCUGGUUGACUGCCCGGCCGGGAAUGUUACGGACCGAGUCGUGCACAGUACGGCAUCGGUUGGAGCCAUAGUGAUCAACGCGGCCAACGACAUCGACAGGUUGGAUCCGAACGCGAAACUGUAUGUUUCGGAAUACUCGAUGCUACUGGUGAGCUUCCAUCUUCAACGUCACAUGGGCAAUUUUCUGAUUCAGGUCUAUGGGCCAUGUGUGCUGCUGGUCGUCCUAUCGUGGGUCUCCUUCUGGUUGAAUCGCGAAGCCACUGCCGAUAGGGUUUCCCUCGGAAUCACAACCGUCCUAACGAUGACGUUCCUCGGAUUGGAGGCCCGCACGGAUCUACCGAAAGUUCCUUAUCCCACAGCGCUGGACUUUUUCGUAUUCCUCUCGUUUGCGUUCAUCUUCGCUACCAUCAUUCAGUUCGCCGUUGUGCACUACUUCACCAAGUACGGAUCCGGCGAGUGCUACUUCAGCGCUGAUGAGCUGACCUCCAGCUCGGACGAGGAUAGUGAUUGUGGCGGCGGCGGUGGCGGCGGUGGAGGCAACGCCAACGGGGACCAUCUGCAUUCAAUCAAAAUUUCAUCCAAACGAUGCUCAGCCGUAACGUCUAUCAGCGGAGCCGGCGGCACCGAUUCCAAAGUGGUCGAAGUAAUACCCCUCUCGGUUUGCUCCAUUCCGGUUACACCCGUACGAAAGUCCUCGAAAACAUCGUGGGCCGAUCUGUCCUGUUUCGGCAACAAAAACGAGGACAUACCACCCAGUUUCGCAAGUUCUUCCUUUUCCACGCCCGUACCAUCCACGAAACGCAGCUCACUUCAACUGCCGCUCGGAGGAUCAGCUCAAAUCCAGCGACGAAGAAAGCGUAAAAAACGAACUCCCCGGUUCAAUUCCGUCUCGAAAAUUGACCGAGCCUCACGGAUUUUCUUCCCGCUGCUGUUCCUGGCCAUCAACGUGUUCUACUGGUUUCUGUAUCUGUCGCGAAGCGAACGAUUACCACAACAGCACAAAAACUAAGAACUGCUACCAAACACAAAAAAAGGAAGGAAUAUGUGUUCAUUGCGUCCUACAUGCGAGAAACAUGAAACAAAUGCCCUAUUUUGGUCAGAUUCCUAUUGAGAGAUUUUUAAAAACAGAAUAUUAAACUAAAUGAAACCCAUAUUGAAAUGCUUGGAAACGGCUAGGAAAACUUAACUGUUGUAUUUAUUGUUAUAACUGUAGGAAAAGAGUAGGAAAAAAACUAUACAGAAAUGUUAGAACAAAGCUGCUUCUCUAGGAAAUCAAAAAUGAUUAAAAAUCAAAAAAAGAAAUGUAGAUUUUAGUGGGACCACAUACGCUUAUUUGCAUUACAGUAAUAUUCGAUGGUUGGAUCGCUUGGCGAGAGACUCUCAAAAGGACACUGAAUGCCAACAAUGAAAUGAUAGUUUACGGUCAAUGUCAGGCAAUAAAACAGUAUACGGAAACAACAAUAUAGGGAAACCCACUAUAAUUUUACAGUAUGUAGUUGAAAAAUGAUAGAAUAAAACUUAUGUGAA